CACCCGGUUUUUGGAGAGGGCAGGGAGCCCGGAUUCCGGGUUCGUGACAGAGAAGCGGCGAGGAUUCUGAACUUCUGGAUCUUGGGGGCGAAGGGAAGCGAGGAUCUGGAAUCCUGAGACUUGGGGGUGAAAAGGCUGAGAGGUUAGACCCUUCGGUCCUGUGAGUAGAGGGGGCUGCCAGCCCAGACUGCUCCCCUAGAAAGGGGCUGGCCUGAGUCUUUGGGGGCGGGGUUGUUUAAAAUCCGCCACUGGCUUUUGUGCGGAAGGUCCAGCGCCUGGCCGUAGGGGUCCACGCUGGCCGUGACCUUGCCUUCGCCCCGGGAUUUCCCGGAUCGCCACCCAUCCAGGGUCCCCGGACUGAGCAGGAAUUCCCCACGUGCGGGGAUUCCAAGAGUGUCACGCUUGGCCGCGCGCCCCGCCUCCUAGCAGGACACCUGCAGCGCAGGACCCCGAGGGGGAGGGGCGAGAUGGAAGAUUCCCUUGCGUGAGCGCUAUGACGUCAGCGCGUCGCCUCUGGGCUGUUUCCGAGUGUGCCCUCCUCCGUUUAACCUUUUCUCCGCCGGAACCCGGGCUCGGAAGGGUGAGGGUUGAAGUGAGCCGGAAUGAGCGCAGCCACUGCCCAACACAGACCGUGAAGAAGCUCCUGGAAGAGCAGAGGCGCCGCCAACAGCAGCCUGACGCUGGGGGAGUUCCGGGACAGUUCCCAUCGCCCCUGGCCCAGCCCCUCCCAUCUUUGAAUGAAGCAGAGGCUGGCCAUACUCAUCUCCCAGCACACCAAGAGACUGCGGGUUCUGGACUUGGCAGCCUGCCUCCCCCAACGGGCUUUCCAGACUGGGACCCCAACACGCAUGCUGCUUAUACAGACAGCCCCUACUCUUACCCUGCUUCCGCUGCUGAAAGUUUCCUGACCCCCGAUUUCUACCCACCCUCGGACGCAGGGCGGCCGUGCCCAUUUCCCUCUGCGAUGGAGGAACCCCUGGAUACUCGGCUUUAUACAGAACCUUCCUUGCCACAGGCAGGAUCCUGGAGAGUUCCUGGACUUCCCUCUGGACCCCCACAGUUCCCCCCUGUGGUCACUGGACCAUCUCUGGACACAGCCCGAGCUCACAUGCUAGCUUUGGGACCACAACAGCUGCUGGCCCAGGAUGAGGAAGGGGACACGCUCCUGCACCUGUUUGCUGCUCGGGGGCUGCGCUGGGCGGCGUACGCUGCCGCAGAGAUGCUGCAGAUGUACAAGCAUCUGGACAUUCGGGAGCAUAAGGGCAAGACCCCUCUCCUGGUGGCUGCUGCCGCCAACCAGCCCCUGAUUGUGGAGGAUCUUCUGAACCUGGGAGCAGAGCCUAAUGCCGCUGACCAUCAAGGACGUUCUGUCUUACAUGUGGCUGCUACCUACGGGCUCCCAGGAGUCCUCUCGGCUGUUUUUAACUCAGGGGUACAGGUUGACCUGGAAGCCAGAGACUUCGAGGGCCUCACCCCCCUCCACACGGCCAUCCUGGCCCUCAAUGUCGCUAUGAACACCCCCGACUCCUCUCCCCGGGUGCUGAGUACUGAAGCCCGAGACAGGCUGACUUGUGUCCAGAUGUUGCUGCACAUGGGUGCUGAUCACACCAGUCAGGAGAUCAAGAGCAACAAGACAGUCCUGCACUUGGCCGUGCAGGCUGCCAACCCUACCCUGGUCCAGCUGCUGCUCGAGCUGCCACGGGGAGACCUGCGGGCCUUUGUCAACAUGAAGGCCCACGGGAACACAGCCCUCCACAUGGCAGCCGCCCUGCCCCCUGGGCCACCUCAGGAGGCCAUUGUGCGGCGCCUGUUGGCGGCUGGAGCGGACCCAACGCUGCGCAACCUGGAGAAUGAGCAGCCUGUCCACCUGCUGCGGCCCGGGCCGGGCCCCGAGGGGGUGAGCACUGAGCCUGAGUACAGGGUGGUCCCCUCACCCCACCCGAACCGACUGCAGAGGGUGACCUCAACCCUUAUCCAAUCCUGACUUCAGAAGGGGGACUUCUGACUGCCACCCCGACCUGACCUCACAUAACGACCUGAACUUGCAACCCUUGACCUUGCCCUUAAGGUGUGAUCUUUGAUCCCAAGUGUGACCUGCAACCCCCUGCCCCAAACCCUGGAUCCUGACCUCAGAUGUGACCCUUCACCUCCCACCUAGUACUAACCCCGAGUGGGAACCCCCAACUAGCAACACUUUUCCUUUCACCUCCUGUCUGGCUCCUGGCCUUUUCUCAGUGUGAACUCAAACCAUUACUGCCGACCCUCAAUCUUGACUCGACCUCUGGCUUCAAACCCAGCUGACCCCACUCUACUCCCUAAGCCCACACCCUGUGCCUGCCCCACUUCUCCUUGCAACCUCACAGACUUCUCACUGCCUUGCCUUGUCCACAGCUCCGGCAGCUGUUGAAGAGGAGCGGAGUGGCGGCCCCAGGCCUGUCCUCUUAGGACUCAAACCCAGAACCUGGACUGAUUUUUCCAGUCCCCACCGUCCUGUGGGACAGCUAGCGUAUGCCCGUGUUGCAAAUCUGUGAUAACGUAUGUGGAGUGUCCUGCCAUGGGGUCUUACAUUAAAACCCCAAAAUGGCUGCUGGGGGGUGACUAAUCCCCAAUAUUUGGGGUAGUGUGAUCCCCCUCCCUUACCCACAAGGAGCCCUCUUGAUGAUUUCUGUGAAAUCGAGGCUCCUUGAUUGUUUCUGUGAAACAUCCUGAACCCCAAACCCCUUCCUCAUGGGGGUCUUUCAGAGUCCUUCCCCAUGACUGAGCUCUUCUUACCCAGGAACCCAGAUGUAACUCUCCUCCAUGGUACUUGAGGCAUCCCAAUACCAUCUAGUAGAGCUUCUAAGAUGGCCCCGAGCCUUCUCAGGACCUAACCCCUGAGACGUAGGAAGAACCCUCUCAGAUUAGAUUUCCUCAGGCCCUGCUUUCUGAUUCAGAACUCGGCAGGGGCCUCUGUCCCUAGACCUCAGCAUUCCCGGUGAGUCCUCCCUUAACCUGAGGAUCUGAGUGUCCGCAAAACUCCCUAUUAAACUCAGUUUGGACUAGA